GGCGGGACGUGAGCGCUCCGGGCUCGGCUAGCGCCGGCUCCUGCCCUUGCAGCCGGGCUGGCCGGGGCGGGGAAGAGGCGCCCGGCGAGGCCGGGGACGAACUGGGAGGAACAAGUUUCUGUGAAAAUGAAUCAUGCAGGGGAAGCUGCAGGGUUUGCUAUGAAGAGGAGAAUAAGUGACUGAAAGAAAGAGAUGUGAAAAGAAUGGCAAGCUGUGUCCCAUGACGACCUCACCCACUAUGUUCUAUGGAUCUUCGUCCGCCAUGUCCCCACCUUCCAAAAACAAGCUCAAGCGUCAGAGCCAGAUAUUCUCUCAGGUCUUGUACCGGACGCUGAGCUAUAAGGACCGCAGCUCAGUGUCGGCUUUCCCCCUUGCAAGCAGCGACGACCCAGCUGAACUUUCCACUCAGGUUUCAGCCCCUGGGGUUCUGAAGAUAUUUGGGGGCAACAUCUGCGCGGGCACCAACUACAAGAGCGUCCUUGCCACGGGGAGCUCAAGUGCACGGGAGCUGGUGAAGGAGGCGCUGGAGCGCUAUGGGCUGAGCAAGGUGGACGCCGGCCACUAUGUGCUGUGUGAUGUCAUUGGGAUGUUCAGCGGCUCUGAGAAGCAGUGGCAAACGGAAGGGUUGCGAGUCCUCAGUGAUAAUGAGAAGCCCCUUCUGAUUCAGGACCUAUGGAAGCCCAAGGAAGGGUUCUCCCGGCGUUUGGAGCUGCGGAAGAGAUCUGAGGUGGAGGAGCUGGCUGCGAGGGACGUAGACACGAUCACGGCAGGCAUCAAUGCCCAGGCUCGGAAGCUGCAGAAGAACCGUGCGAAGGGCACCAUGACCCUGCUGACGGGAUGCAAGCGACACUCCACGCCACCCACCCUCCGACGCAGCGUGAGCGAGACCAGUCUCAGUCACGUGGGCUCGCCGGAGGAGGAGCAGCUCAAGAGACAUUACUCCACGCUGCCCGAGACCAUCCGCGGCCUGGAGAGCUCCAGGGAUGAGCAGCAGGCCCCCACUGCGGAGCGGAACGGCAGCAGCGUGCGGUACUCCCUCUACCAGUCCCCUCACCUCCUACUCCUGCAGGGCUACAGCUACCAGCAUGACAGCUUGGUUUACCUGCUGAACCGCGAGCAGCACACAGUGGGCCAGAGGACUCAGUCCAGCAAACCCAGCAUCAGCCUCUUCGCCCCGGACAUCCUGCCCCUUCACUGCACCCUCAGGAAACUCAAGCUGCCGAGCCGCUCCCGACACCGUUCGGAGGAGAAGCUGAUCCUCGAGCUGAUCCCGGGGGCCAGUGUGUCCGUCAACUUCUCCGAAGUGGUAAAGACGAUUGUGCUGCACCACGGAGACCUCCUGUCCCUGGGGCUCUACUACCUGCUUCUCUACAAGGACCCCACAAGGGCCCAGCCACUGCCCGCGCAGACGCUGAUGAGGCUGAAAUCUCUGCAUCGAGCCUCGGACCCGGAGGCCCCCGUGCUCUGUAAGAUGUGUGGCAGCCAGCUCAAGGAGAGGGGCCCCUCCGCCAAGAAGCCUGGGCCCUCCCCCACCGCCGGCCAAAGAUCAGCCAGGAAGAGGCUGCAGCUGGAGUUCGAGAGAGCUGCCGAGGACGUGCUGGUGAGAAGGAUCGUGACCUUGAUCGAGCCUGGGGGUGACGAUCACAAGCUGACACCGGCCUUCCUGUUGUGCCUCUGCAUCCAGCACUCCGCCACUAGCUUCGAGCCGGGAGACUUCGGUCAGCUGCUGCUCAAGUCAGCCAAGAUGAUUCAGAGGACAGUGUGGGAGAAAACGAAAGAGCUGGCCGAGAAGCAGUCCCAGCAUCAGGAUCCUGGAUCCCUGUCCCGCUUCACCGUCACAGACCUAGUCCCGGACCUGCAGCACAUUCUCUUCUGGAUGUCCAACUCCAUCGAGCUCCUGUACUUUAUCCAACAGAAAUCCCCCAUCUACAUCCAGAGCCUGGAGGAGGAGCUGGAUGUCAAGGGUUCUAAGGAGUCUCUGUUCUCUUCUACCAUCACAGCCAGCGAGGAAGCCAUGACGGUGCUAGAGGAAGUGAUCAUGUAUACUUUUCAGCAGUGCGUCUACUAUAUCUCCAAGUCUCUGUAUGUAUCUCUACCUGCCCUCCUGGAGUGUAACCCCUUCCAGAGUGAGGGCCAGGAAGGUUGGCGGGCACCAUCCCAGUUGCCUGAAGAAAUACGCAGAGUCGUGUUGAUCUACCAGGCUACGCUGGACCUGCUCCACCAGUAUGAAGUGCACCCUGAAAUAGCCUCACAGAUGUUUGCCUACCUCUUCUUCUUCUCCAACACUCUGCUCUUCAACCAGCUCAUGGACAAAGGCUCCUCCUUGGGUUGCUUCCACUGGCCGAAAGGAGUGAAGAUCCGCGCCAGCCUGCGGCUCCUCCUGGAGUGGAUGCGGGGCGUGGGCUUCGGGCACCUGGCCGAGCAGUUCUUCAGCAAGCUCUCCAGCGUGGCUCACCUGCUGGCCAUGCCGAGCUCCCAGCUGGCGCAGAUGACCUGGCCAUUGCUGAGAGCCGAGUUCCCCACGCUGAGUCCUGCUCAGCUCCAUCACAUCCUGACUCAGUACCAGGCAACGUCCGAUGUGGGGUGUGUCGCGGCCUGGCAGCCCUGGCAGGAGGACAGCCCUGCAGCCUUCAGGACAGACGAAGUGCUGGAGUCCUUUGAUAACCACCCGCCCAUCGUCCUGCCAAGUGGAGGAUUUAAGGUGGACUUGGAGGUGGAGGCGCUGGACGAUAAUGUGUACCGGCAUCUCCUGUACAUCCGUCAUUUCCUGUGGAGUCUGCGGAGCAAGAGCCCCCACGCAAGUGACUUGCCAGAGUCGGAGCCCCUGAAGAAAGACGUGCCCACCAGCCACAACACCCCCGAGGUGCCCGAGGACGCACUCACCUUGCCAGCCCCGGGGAAUUCCUUCGGCCAGUUGGAUUGCAGACGCCCAGGAAGCUGUGCUGAAGCAGAGGCUGCUGGGAGCCCUCCGCUCCCCACAGAUAUGAGCAGAUCCCCCCGAGACUAUUACACCAGUGAGACACAAGAAAAACUCAAGCAUCUGCCGCUGCACAGCAGCCUGGGGAAAAAACCCCUCGCCAAGGCCAGCAUCUUGCCAGUGGAUCCCUCCUGCUUACUGACCCCUCCCAAUACGCCUCUGAACUUUGACCCUGGAAGCCCGGAAUCCCCUCAGAGCACCAGCUGUGGGAAAGUCCUCCAGGACCCCAGGAAGGAUGGACUCAAUGGCACCAACGCCACCACCCCUGAAGGAUGUUCUCCGCUGCCCUAUGACUAUCCCACGCCAGCUUCCUCCAGUCGCAGCUCAGCCACGGAUGAUUUCUGCUACGUCUUUGUGGUGGAGUUGGAAAAAGGGCCCAUCGGGCUGGGGAUGGGACUGAUUGAUGGCUUGCACACCCCUUUGAAUGCUCCUGGCAUCUACAUCAGGACCCUCAUCCAGGACAGUCCUGCAGCCUCAGAUGGCAGACUCUCCCUAGGAGACCGCAUCCUGGCUGUUAACGGCACCAGUCUGAUUGGAGCAGAUUAUCAGAGUGCAGUGGAGCUCAUCCGCUCCGGAGGGAAGAAGCUGCGGUUUCUGGUUGCCAAGUCUGACAUGGAAAUAGCCAAGAAAAUCAGCUCCAGCUCAUCAUCGUCCUCUUAACGCUCAUGUUGCAAGGGCCUGGCCAUAGCCCCCUGCAAACGAAGCUGCUGUCAAGGCCAAAUACGCGAAACCUGGUGGGAUGGGCAGAGACUGUACCUGGAAUCUGGAGGAUCCAGUUGAAAUUGCACCAUUCCAGGACUAAAGAACUGGUCUCAAUUUGCUUUUCAGACUGCUGGGUAGCUCUGUUCUGCUCUGCACUGCUGAGCGAGUGGGGGAGGGAGCUUUACAAUCCAAACCCCCCUCCGCUCACAGACGUAUCCCAUGGGCUCAUUUUACAGCUGACGUCCUUCCCCCUGCCAGCCUCAGCAUGGGGUUUGCAUAGCCCCUCCGUACCUGCCCACCCCAUGCUCCUCUCUGCAGCAGGGAGAUCCCGUUCCAGGCAGUCAGCGUGCUCCUGGGCUCCACCGAAGUUAGGAACAAGCUAUUCCAUUCCUCUGCACUAUAAAUAAAUAAAAUAAAAUAAUAAACAAUGGAGAUAUACCUAUCUCCUAGAACUGGAAGGGAGCCUGAAGAGUCAUUGAGUCCAGCCCCCUGCCUUCACUACCAGGCCCAAGUACUGAUUUUGCCCUAUAUCCCUAAAUAGCCCCCUUAAGGACUGAACUCACAACCCUGGGUUUAGCAGGCCAGUGCUCAAACCACUGAGCUAUCCCUCCCACAUGGCAGGCCUGGUAGAUGAGCUUGCCUGAUUGGGAGUGGGGGGGCCCCCAGCAGCUGCUGUUGCAAUUAUUGCGUUACUUAGCGCUGGCACCUGGGAGAUUUUGAACGUCUGGUGAUUAACAUAACAAUUGCAGUUAUCGUAGGCCAGAACUGCCAGGGAACGUUUAUUACCAACUGUGGUUCCUGGGUGGCCAGGCUGUGAAAGGUGGCAGCAGAAUGUCCCCUCUUACCCUUCAAGCUGGAUUCCAGAGGUUGGGGGGGGGGAGAUAUGUUUACGUACUAAGAAAUGACAGUGGGGCUGCACAGGCCGUAGAAGGCCCAGCUGUGACUUUACAGGGACAGGCUUUAGCACCGUAAGCUGACACAUGGGGCUGUCAUGGUGGAACUGAUGUGAGUGUUAUAGUCACGUCCUCCACAGCCUGAGAGUCAGUUCACCCUGCCCUACCGUAGUGCCUUGCUGCUGUUAGGCGCUAGGCCAAUCACCUCUGGGCCCUGCGCUGGCCAUGGAAAGUGGCUACAGCAGUGAGAAAAGAGCGUGAGAGCAGCUGCAACUGCUCCCAGGCUUGGCAAGAGGGCACUGCUGGAAGGGUCCUUCUUUCCACAUCACCAUCCCCCACCAGCGAGCGGGUCACUCCCCGGCUCUGGCACUGGGCCUAUUGCACAGGGGAGCCAGUGUUAAACCUUCUCUGUGUCAACAGCUUUCAGCACCAUUGGCCUGGGGAGAGGCUGUUACCCUGUGAAGCCCCCAGCCAAGGUGAACCAAUAUGACCUCUUGCUUUGGUACAGUACUCACAGGGGUACGACCUGUGCUGACCAUUUUACAAAAUGGAGACAUGGCUGCAACCCACGCAGAGUGGCUGCUCUUAGGUGGUCUCUUUGGCAAGCCCAGGCUCUGGGAGAGACACGGUGGGGGAGGUUAUCUUUUUUACUAGACCAACUACUGCUGGUGAGAGAAAGAGAGAAACUUUUGAGCUAUACAGAGCUCUGCUUCAGGGCUGGGAGGGGCACUGCUAACUACAAGAUCCAACAGGUGGUUCAGCAUAAGGACUUACCACCUAUUCUAACCAGUCAAGGAGAAGGGGCCCGUUAACACCCCUGUAGUCCUAAAGGACAAAAAUGGGGCAGGAGGUUACGUUAGUGGAAUAAGCCAGAAAUCCGUAGCAGGCAGCCUGUUGCUCAUUAGUAAGCAAAGACGUCAAACCGCCCCCACACCAAGCUAGGGUCACACUUUUGAAGGCACUGCUACUUUUGCAGCUGGACUUGAAGUGGAAAGGGCAGCAGUCAGCUGGCCAGUAGCCAGGUCGCAGGCCCCAGCAGGUUUGCAAAGCUCUGGGGGUGGUUGAAUGUGGAUGCCAGAUCAGAGGUAGUUUUAAAAAGUGUAGCCAAUGUUGUAACCUACAGGCAAAGCUGGGGAGUGCUCCACAGGCCUGAUUCUGUCUCCCAUGCACCAUCCCACCUACAUACCUCGACUGCUCAGAGUGCCUGCUGCUGACAUGCUGAUGAUGUUAAACAACGUCUGGCCUUGAAAGAGACAUUCCCCCUUUUUGGAAAGUCCAUCACAGCUUGAACUGCUUAUUCCCAAGAGCCCACACAAGUCACUCAGCUCUCUCCUGCCACCAGCAAAGCAAGGCGGCUGCUCUACCAUGGGGUGAAAUGUUUUAAUUGCAAGUCUAUUCUUCCAGGCUGUUGCGGGCUGCGUGUGUGGUUUAGCAAGCGUAGCAGGAGAACACCCUCCCCUCUUACUCCUGCACUUUGAAGUCAGUGGUAAAACCACAAACUAAUCACUGUAAGGUGGAAGUGGGGGGUUAGCCCACCCACCAGGCCACAGGAUUCUGUGCAGCCUCAUGGGCAAGGCAUCUAACCCCCCCUUGCAAGCUCUCCAGGCUGACAGAAAACCACAGAAGGCAAGUGUCUGGCUUCUGUACUGUGGCAUGCUCAGAAUGGGGGGGCGGGGGGUAGGCCACCUGCACAGCAGUGCCUAGAGAUACCCUUUAAUUGGAACAGAAGCAGGUAACCGCAGGAAGACAGCUCAAGGCUCUUGCUGCCUUAUUAACGGUCAAAAGAACGGUGCACAUUAGCUUGACUUUACUCCACUGAGCCCUGGAAGCACCCCCCGGCCAUCCCCACUCCAUGCCCCUGCCAGCUGCGGGCUGCAGCGACAGGCACAAGAACUGCCCUUGAGCCUCCAGGUAGCCAUGUAGAUCCCCGGUGCAGCCACGCUUGUCCCAGCCCAGGGAGCAAGAGCCUGAGUUUGCAGCAUGACAAAGCAGGCCCAGCUGUGGCUUGAUUCGGCAGUACCAAAGCAGGCCACACACAUACUGCUCUCCAGCUUUGCAGGCCACCACCAUAAGGAGACUAGCGUAACUCACCCCACAGGAGAAUCGGCCAGCCUCCACCGCUGGAUGGGAAGCACCACGCAGUCAGUCCCCAACUGUCUUUAGUUAGCACUGCAUACUCUGCUAAAUGUUCCUAUUGCCUGAGUGCAGCCAGGGGCCCCUGGAGGGCGCAUGCUCGCUGCCAGCAGCAGAAAGGGGCAUCACCACUCCCCCCUUCUUGUUAAUACUGUACAUCUCUACAAUGUAUAUAGUUCCAGUGCAGACCUGGGACAAAGAUCAGUGCCCUUGUUACAGGCCUGCUAUGUUCAAGGAGUUGUUCUCGGUGUGAAAAAUAAACUGGAUCCAAUAAAACCUCCCUAAGCUCCAUGCUGGUGGCAGUGGUUUGGAGCCUGCUUAGGCCUUGCUGGGUUCAAUGUAACUAGAACAAAAAGGGAACAGAGACAGACCCUCGCUUACCUAAAUCAUCCCCACAAGCUGCCCACGCUUCACACCAUUUCCUGGCCACAGGACUGGCCUUGCUCUAAGCACCUGUUCCAGGCAGGGAGAGCAGAGCAGAGCAGAGCAGGGGGGUAGGAACAGCAGGAGGAGUCACAAUGCAGUCAGAGCAAAGGGGACACGUAAGAGCUGAAUGGUAGGGCAGGGCAAAGUGUCCCUCCAGGGACUUGCUUUGGAGACGGCCCUCUGGAUUUUCCGAACCUUGCAGCGCAGAGCUCCUUCGGCUGCUGCCGUGAGCUGCCAAGGGAAGCAGGCUGGGCCCCUCCAGCAGAUGCCCCUCAGGAAAACCCCAAUUCACAUA